GACCCAGUGCAGAAUGUUACAUAUUUCAGCUGCAGCUCUAUUGCUCUUUGGGAUGGGCUUCCUCCAAGUGACGUUUUCAAUAGCAAGUAUACAGGCUCUUCCAGGACAAAGUGUCACUAUGUGGUGUUCACACAAUAUUCAUGUUUCUGGAGGUCUGUAUUGGUUCAAACAAACAGACGGGGAUGUACCCAUUACUAUUGUGUACAUGUUAUACACCGAAAGUCUUCAGAAGUUUAAGCCAAAUUAUUUCAACAAUUUCACAAAAGAUCACAUAGUCAUGGACCAGUUCAGCAAAAACACCACUCUAACAAUUAAGAAAGUGAAAACGUCUGAUUCCGGCUUCUACUUUUGUGGAGCUACAGUAUAUCACAUGAAAUUCGGCAAGGGAAUCAGACUUGAAGUAAAAGCACAGGUUGAAAAACAACACAAUUUAAAUACCAUUGUAAAUGCCACAAUGGUAAAUGACUUAUCCUGGCCAACUGUUUUAAUAUCAGAGAAAAACUUCACAGGAACCUUCAAAAAGGAUCAUGAGCAAUCAUCCGUGUCUACUGAGGACUGUUCUAGAAGCAUCUAUUUUAAACUGACCCUCCUGUUUGGUGGAAUAUGUUUUUUUACAUGUAUUGUUCCUCUUAUUUUGGGGAUUAUCAGGGAACACAGAAGACAGAAGCAUAAAAAAGUGCCAGCUGCUGAAUGUCAAGCACAACAGCAUGAUGACAAGGAAAAUAAUUCAGUAGUAUAUGCUGCUGUGUAUUUCCCAAAUAAGAGACCCAAAACAGCAGGACGACAUACUGAGGAGGAUACAACUGUGUACACGGACACUACUUAAAACAUGAAACUUAAUUACUUACUUACUCAAACAUAUUUUUAAUUUAUUAUCUAUGGUUUAUUUUUAACAGCUAUAUAGUACUUUUUAAAGAAAUGUAAUUAUUGAGGAGAUCAGAGAUCUGUCUUUCCUUUGCAUAACUGUACAUAAUGAUCAAGUUUACAAAAAUUGUGUUGCAGUAUAGCUUGAUUCCUGAUAUUAAUUUAGAUUUAUGUAUUUAGAUUCCAAAUAAAUAUCAGUGUUUUAGUUUGCAUCUCAAUUUGGAUGCAGAUUAAAGUGUCCAGCUAGCCAUUACUCAUGAAUCUCAUGGUCCCAAAUACAAGUUUUGAUCAGUCAUAGACAUUAGAGUUUUAAGUUUGCUCGCUCAAGACUAAAUAGUUAUGCUCGUCACUUUCAUACUAUUUAUAUCAAACGGUUAAACCCUGUAAAUCAACUGAACCCUGGGCUUUCAGAGAAUUCAAAUCAGGAUAAAAUCAAGUUUAUAAAUUUGUGGCUCAGGUAAAAUGUAUGUUUCAGGAAUGAUCAGUAAAAGACACAAACAUACAUUCUUGUCAAACAUGCAUUAUAGUUCUUUGUAAAGCUGAUUUAAGACAAUUUAUUCUCAAAAGUGCUAUGGGGAAACUAUGGUGUGCUAAAGCAGUUAAGAAAAAUUAAUAUUAUACAUUAUAAUCAGUGUAUCUGAUCAACAAUGAAUUUUCUUGUAGCCGUGGACUCGUCUGAUGAUUGACAGGUCUGUCAUAGUUUGAUGUAAGCAUAAGCCACACCCCCUCACAUAAAAAAGCUCAUUGAUUUCCUCAUCUUAAUUUCCUUGUUGGUUCUAGUCUGAUUCAGUACUGCAAUGGUUUAUAAAAUAAUUUCUGCACUGGUGAUCUGUGGCACGGGUAAGAACUAUUACACUAUAAUAACUUCAUUCAUGCAAGAUUAAUUCAUUAUUAAUUAAACUGAUUAGGUGUGAUCUGUACACAGCAUUUAUUGUGUUAUCAAUGUUCCAAAUAUUAAUAUGCUGUAAAAUUAUUUAUUGUUCCUCUGUUGGAUUUAGGUUUUCUCAUAGCUAAAACAUCUUAGUCAACAAAAAUCACAGCUCAGCCAGGAGAUAGCGUAACUAUUUGGUGUAAGCACACCACAAAUUUUGGAAAGUACAUACACUGGUUCAAACAAUCAAACAGUGCUGUUCCUCUCAGCAUUGUAUACAUGAUGUUAUACAAGCUUGAAGUAAAGGCAACAUAUUUAAAUGGUUUUCAACCAGAGCAUCUUGUGAUGUCUCUGAACAGCAAAAACACAUCCCUAAGAAUUUCAAUAAGAUAUUUCUGAUUCUGGUCUGUACUGCUGUGGUUGGCAAAAGUGGUUGAUGACAUUUGGCAAUGGAACACACACACCUUUUUCAACAGCACUUUUGUAAAACAGCUUUAUAAAAUCCUUAUUCGUCCUUGUGAUUUCCAAAAUGCUUCUGUGAUGCUGUGUGGAUUUUAUGAAAGACUCACAUCUUCAUUUAUUGCACAGAGAGGAGGUUUACUACACAGCAAAAUGAAACAGAAAUUACAAAUAAAGGUUUUUAUCAUCUGCCUUUCUUUAAUGCUUGUCAUAUUCAUGCUGACCUUUAUUUUUGGUGGUAUUAUAGUUAUUCUCAUCAUCAUUUCGCUCACCACACUCAUAAUGAAGAUACAGAACAGAAGAAUGCAGGGAAACGUUGCUGAACACCAUGAAACACAACAUCAUGAGGAGUCUUAUUCAUCAGUGUAUGCUGCUCUACAGUUCUCAAAUCACAGAUCCAAAAGAGCAGCCAGAAAUUCAGAGGAUACAGAUAUUGUGUAUUCUGCUACCAGAUAGUCCAACAGUGGCACACAAUCAAAUAUUGUAGCUUACUCUAAUGUUUAAAACCAUUAUGUUCAUCAUCAAGACACUAAUAUUGAAAUGCUUUUACUAAUGCCAUACAUUUUAAGCGAAUGUGAGCUCUGCAAUGUUCAGUAUUUUCAAUGCAAUAAAAAUUUUAAAGAUCAAAUGCAUUUGAAACUUUAAUUAAAUCAGUUUGUAUUUGCUAUCAUGAAGAUAUAAGCAGGCCUUUAUUCAAGAGGCAGGGGUUGUGAAUGGUAUACCAUUUCCUGUACAGACCCUGACAGGAAGAAGCUGUUCAGUGUAGAAUGAGACGUGCUGAGAUGAAUUUGAGCAGACCAAAUUACAAAGCUGUAAAUAUACACAUCAGAACAUAGCUGUACAAAUUAUUACAACUAUAUAUUAAUUAUGCACACAUUUCACAAAAAUGUAGUACUUUG